AUGUCGUCCAUGCGCAAUGCCGUCCAGCGGCGGCAACACCGCGAGCGUGGUCAGCUCGAGGGCCGUGAGAAAUGGGGUCUUCUCGAGAAGCACAAGGACUACUCCCUCCGCGCCAAAGACUACAAUGAGAAGAAGGCCAAGUUGAAGCGUCUGCAAGAGAAGGCAAAGGAUCGCAACCCCGACGAAUUCAACUUUGGCAUGGUCGGAGCCAAGAACGCUCAACAAGGAAAGCAUGGACGGGGUGUCGGUGUCUCUCGCGACUCGGCCGCUGCUCGCGGACUCACCCACGAUGCGAUCAAGCUGCUCAAAACCCAGGAUCAAAAUUAUCUGCGGACAGUGGGAGAACGGAUACGUCGACAGAUCGAGCGCCUGGAGCAGGAUAUGCAAUUGCAAGACGGGAUGAAUGUGUCUCUGGGUGUGAAGUCUAAGAAGAAGGAGGAGUCAGAAGAGGAGGACGAUGACGAGUUUGACGGAUUCGACGACUUUGAUGAUCUCGACUUUGGCGCCCCAGUGACACCGAAGCCACGCAAGGUCGUAUUCGCGGACGACAAGGGAGACCAGCAAAGUAUGAAACGCCGACGCGAGGACGACGAUGCUAUGGAUGAGGAUAAGGACGAAGUCGAGGAGAAGGCGUCUCAAGCCCGCAAGACUCCCAAGCAACUUGCUGCAGAGAAAGAAGCGCUCCGCGAGGCUCGUCGGGCCCGCAAGAUUCGCAAGCGCGUCAUCGAGGGCCGGGAGAACAAGCUCGCAGCACUGCGCAAACAGUAUGCAGCGAUCCAAAAGGCCGAGCAGGAAGUCGAAUUGCAGCGGGCCAAGAUGGACCGAUCCGUUGGAGGUACCAACAAGACUGGACUCAAGUGGAAGGUUCGUGAGCGCAAGCGCUAA